UCCUGCUGCAAGACAUAAAAGCCGGGUUUUCGAACCCUCAGCAGACGCGACGUUCUGUGCUGCUGAAUCAACAACCAUGCAACUUGAGAUUCUGUCUGCCCUGGUGUGCUUUGUGGUGACCGUGAAUGCAGCAGGAUGUCCGUUAGGAUUUGUUCAUCACAAGAGGUCCUGCUACUGGUUCUCAGUCGUGAAAGGUUCGUUUGCAGAGGCACAUGCCUACUGUCAAUACUUGGAGGGCCACCUUGCGACAAUAGAAAGCAGAGAUGAAGAUUUGUUUGUCAGGGGACAUGCUCGCCGUCAUGGUAAAGCUCACCAUUACUGGCUUGGUGGUACUGAUCUCAACAUAGAGGGGAAAUGGAUGUGGGAAGGACAACGUCGCUUCAGCUUCACAAACUGGUAUCAUAGACAACCUGAUAAUGCGGGACACCGAGAGCACUGUCUGGAAAUUAGAAAGCAUUUCUCUCACUAUCUCUGGAAUGAUUGGAUAUGUUCGCAUAAUUUAAAUUUUAUUUGUGAAAAGAAACUAUAAAUGUUUCUUGACCACAAAUCACACUCCAACAGAUCGCCUUGAAUGCUUCAGUAUUAAGUGAAGUAAAUGCUUAGCCUAUUA